AUGACUGGUCUCGAAAAGCUGGCAAAGCACGAAUCUACGGCGUCAUUCCGACCAUGCGCGAGCCCUCAUCCUGUGUCAUCCGGUCCCACAUUGCCUUCGAUCCGUUCGCUUUUGGAACCGAUUGAAGGUCAUAUGAGAGGACAGAAUCAAACUGAGUCACCCGAAGCGUCUCAAAACCCACCAUCCAAAAAUCAUUCCCAUCUGGGCAGUUGGGAAAACAAUGUAUCUCGACAUAGGGGCCCGUCUUCGGUAGACCAUUUGGGACGAUCAUAUCGACCAGUGGGCUCCCCAAAUGGAAUUGAGCCUUCUAGCCAUUUGGAACGACACAAUUCCCGACUUCAGCCCCCAUUAACCCCCCCGCAACCAAGGAACUCACUGUCAAGUCAUAUGUCGUCGUUUGCACACGGUUCCAGCAUGGCUCCUCGACCACAUCCUCACACACACGUCCGCCAUGACUCGCAUUGGAGUCCAAAUGUAAUUCCUCAAGAUUCGAGUGUCAGUCACGGCUCGCAUGUUCAUCCUUAUGUUUAUGGCCAUAGCGCUUCGACCGCUGUUCAUUAUCCAAGGAGAAGAAGAGGCAACCUACCAAAGGAGGCGACCAAGGUGCUCAAACAGUGGUUUGAUGAGAACCGCGAAAGUCCCUAUCCGACUGAUGAGCAGAAGACUAUGUUGCAGAGGGCCACAGGACUGUCGAUGAACCAGGUCAAUAAUUGGUUCAUCAACGCUCGUAGACGGCUCCCAGGUCGUGAAGUUAGAUCCCGCACAACCACGACCACCGACAUACGGACACCCCCACAGCCACUAUAA